AUGGAUGAUAUUCAAAUAGAGACAGCUAGAACUCAAUCACCCAAAUCAUAUUUAUACACUUCUCUAGCCCAAGUCCAUUUAGGUGAGAUUGCAUCAUGUAUUAUUUCAAGAUUGAUAUCUAAUGGAAGAUUAACAGCCAAGGAGAUCAGUACUCGUACUGAGAUUCCAAUCAAAAAUGUCAAGACAGCUUUGGUUUCCUUGAUUCAAUUAAACUGUAUAUAUUUUUGGGAAGAAAAGGAUAAAAAAGUUUAUUAUAGUUUGAAAGAAACUGGAUUAUUGUUGUUUUUAUAUAGUGGAGAUAUUAUAAACCACAUUAAAAAAGAAUAUGGAGAAGAUGAAGCAGAAAUUGUGCAAAAUAUUUUAACUUAUGGUCAUGUUAAAGUUAAUGAUUAUUUAUCCCAAUUUAAAGAUGAUAAAUCAAAACAAAUUGAUGAAGAAAAUAGAUUUUUAAGAUUAUUUAAUGAAAAAUGGUUAGUUAGAUUACAAGAUUUCGAUUUCCAUCCUUUAGAUGAUAUUUGGAAUAAAAUUUAUCAAGAAAGUUUAGCAGAAACUCCAAGAGCAUCAUUUACUUCGGAAACUAAACGUACUCAAGAAGCUCAAGAUAAAGCCAAAAUAAAAUUGACUAAUUUAUUAGAAUCAGGACAAACAUCAAGUGAUUUAUAUACAGAAGUCAAUGGUGUGAAAAAGUUGAAGCCAGAUUUGGUUAUUACUUUUAAUUUAUCUCGAUUCCAAAAACAUUUAAGAACAAAUGCAUUAGCUAAUUUAGUUAAGGCAAGAAUUGGAUUGUUAACUGCUAUUAUCUAUGAAGCGGCUUUGAAACAUAUUGAAAGCAGUAGUCCGGAUUUGACAUACCCACUUUUGAAUAUUCCUGGUUUGAUCAAUGAUCCAACUAUAGUUAAAGAAUAUCUUGCCAAGAUUGAACAAAAGCUAACUAAUGAAAAGAAGAUCACUUUUUCAGCAAGAGAUAUUGAAAGAUAUUUACCUAAAGAAAUUGAUUUUAACAAUUCCAUUAUUACUCCAACAUUUGCCAAACCAAAAAGACCAAUUGAAAAUGGUGAUUCUUCUCCAAAUUCAAAGAAAAUCAAACUUGAAGAUGGAUCUGCUUCUACAAAAUCACCAUCAACAACUAAAGGACCAAAAUAUAAUUCAAGCAUUAUAGAACAACACUUGAAAUUAUUACUCAAUGGUACUAAUACUGCAUUUAUUUAUGAGAUUUCUCCAGGUAACUAUGUUGUUCCAUUUAACAACUUGUCCAAACUAUUGAAACAAUUCAAUUUUGAAAUGUUGGUUAAAACUACUUUGGGAGAUCAAGGAUUUAGAAUAUUGAGAUGUAUCAAAGCUAUGAAAUUAUGUGAUGAAAAAGCCAUUUCAAAUGCUGUAUUGUUAAAAGAAAAAACUGUUCGUAGUGAAUUAUAUCAUUUGGUUAAAGCAAAUGUUGUUGAAAUUCAAGAAGUUCCAAGAAGUGCAGAUAGAGCAGCAUCUAAAACAUUCUAUUUAUUUAGACACAAAGAAAAUUAUGAAUUCUUAGUUAAUUGUUUGGUUUAUGACAUGGCUAUGAUCCUUAAUGGUAUUGAGAAAUUUAAAUCUGAACAUCAUAUUUUACUUGAAAAGUGUAAUCGUAUUGAUGUUCAAGGUCAAGAAGAGCAAUUGUUAUUGGAAUCUGAAUUGAAAACAUUACAUGGUUUACAAAAUAGAGAAAUUUCAAACAUUGUAAAAUUAAAUAGGUUAGUAACACUCUUUUCCAUAUUCAAUUAA